UCUGAAAAGGAGAGAAGACAAAUCGAUUGUUUAAAUAAAAGAGCUAGGUAAAUACGAGUUGUUCCAGUUUGACAAUGAAGACGCUUUGCUCUGCUGUCGUUCUUUUGUUCCUUCAUCAGGUUUACUUCGCAUCGGCUAUUGCGAUGCAAAUGGGCCACACGUCUAGUUGGAUGCAUUUUGGUACUGGACACGAGGAGGUUUUCAUAGACGGGCAAAUGCGUCUAGCUGCUGUAUGUAACGACAGUCACGAGACACAAAAUGGUGAGUGUUGCUCGAUAUCUGACUACAUUCCGAUUAAUCCAACAAAGGGUUAUAAAUUCAGCAUAUACAUCAAAUCGACGGCAUCUGGCAUGGUAAACUCAUUUGGUUUCUACGUUUACAAUAAGAACAAAGAAAGAAUAUUGAAUCCUAACUUGAAUGAUCCAUAUUUCAAAAACAGUAAUAACGAUUCAAAUGUGUGGACCAAACUGACGGGCUACAUUCUUCCUCUCUACAUGUCUGACUCAAACCGUGACAGCCAACCGGAUUCUCAGUUUGACGAGACAAACGGAGUAGAUUGGAAGUGGCCACGUAAUGCUAAAUAUGUUGCCUUACGAUUUGGAUCGUGUGGUAGUGACAAUCAAGCCUCAAAAACGGGCAUCGGUCGUAGGAAUGUUGAAAUUCCUCCUCAUCAGCCAACGGCUGAUUUGAAAGAUAUGGAGGGUACAGAGAGUAAUGAUCUUGGCGCUACUGGUACUAAUCAAGAGCUGUUCGACGGUGCUAAAAAUACUGACACGCCGGAGAGUGUUAUGUCAGUUGCUUCACUUUCUACUGCAGCUACUACGGCAGCUCCUGAAGCUCCUACUGUAGCUUCUACCAAAGAUCCUGCUGCAGCUCCUACUGCAGCUCAUACUGCAGCUCAUACUGCAGCUCAUACUGCAGCUCAUACUGCAGAUCCUGCUGCAGCUCCUACUGCAGAUCCUGCUGCAGCUCCUACUGCAGCUCAUACUGCAGCUCAUACUGCAGAUCCUGCUGCAGCUCCUACUGCAGCUCAUACUGCAGCUUCUACCGAAGACCCUACUGCAACUCCUACUGCAGAUUCUACGGUGGCUUCUGCGGCAGUUCCUACUGUAGCUCCUACGGUAGCUCUUACUACAUCUCCUACUGCAUCUUCUACUGCGCCUUCUACUGCAACAUCUACUUUACCUCCUACUGCACCUCCUACUGCACCUCCUACUGCACCUCCUGCUGCACCUCCUACGGCACCUCCUACGGCACCUCCUACGGCACCUCCUACUGCAUCUGGUGAACCAACUGUAGGUAAGACGUGGUACUGGAAUUUAAGCUUUCGCGAGUUUGAGACUCCACUGCGUCCUGAACAUAUUGGUGUCUGGACCUUUGACGUAUCUGACUUCCGUGAAUGGGAAUCGAAAGCAAACUACAUUGGAAAAGGCUAUGUAAACGCACAUGAUAUACAUACUCCUAUAGACAAGAUGGUUGAGCAAGGUAAAAAAGACUGUUAUUAUCCGUGGGGAAUUACACAUCGUUUUGAGAUUGAUUCAAACAAAUCAUAUGAGUUCAGCAUUUGGCUUUUGAGCACACAAAUUGACAUUCACAACUUUCUUGGUUUUCGAGCGUAUGACAAAGACGAAAACCUUUUGACCUUCUCAUUACUUCCAAGUGACUAUAAGCAGUAUUAUUCCCACGUCACAGACAAACCAUAUUUCAAAAGAAGCAACAAUGAUGUAACAAAGUGGACAAGAUGGAAUGGAUUUGUACUCCCAGACGGAGCUGAUAACAUUCCUCGCUACUUUAGUAAAGGACGAACCUGGAUGUGGCCACGAGGUGCCAAGUAUGCGCAGUUGAGAUAUGGCACUUGCUAUGGUGACGGAGACAACCAAGGAAUCACCUAUUUCGCUCUUCCUCAAGUAGUGCAGACUGAUUUCCAGCCAUAGAUGAAGACGAUAGACCUAAGUCAUGUCUUUCAGACGAAAUGUUGCCAGUAAGAAGUAGUUGUUAGAGCGUUGGCACUGCUUGUCAAUGAGGACAUUCCUAAAACAUAAUUAUUAGAAGACUUUCAUUUGAUUGCACUACUAGCUGCAUGUGGCUUGACGGUCGAAAUGUAGUAAGUUUUGAAACCUACAACGAUUCUAGCUAGAGUCGUGUCUUCAUGUGACAUUGCUGUCUGUUCAAGUAAUUUGUUAGUAAUAAGAUUAGAUUAUUUAAUUA